AUGUAUUUCUGUAGAGAGCGCCGUCGUGCUGAAGAAGAGAGACGAGAGCGUGAGAGGCGUAGGAGAAGGAGCAGGUCACGAUCGAGAUCACCGGCUAAAAGGCGUUUCACUGAGGGAGCGUCUUCGAGCAGCAAGCGCAGGCGAAGCCCAAGUGAUUCCGACUCUGAAGAUAAUUCCAAAAAGAAGCGAAAGAAGAAACACUCGCGUCGGUCUAGCGAUGACGAUUCUGAUUAUGACAGAAAAAUUAAAAAAGAUAAAAAGGCGAAGAAACACAAGAAGAGGUGUGACCUCUCGAGUUAUAUGGGUGAUGUACAACAGCAGCCUGGUGCAACCGGUGCCCACCUAGGAGGAGCUGUUAGUGUUACAGCUGCUGCUCUACAUUCUGCUGCUCGUGUGGCCAAUAAAGAACAUUCUUCAUCUCUCAGAUAUUACGAUUCUGUCAAGCAAUAUCAAAUUUCAGUUCUUGGUACUGCAUCACUCGGAUCUCUCUUGUUUGGUCUUCGAAGUGCGUGGAAGCAUACUCGGCAACCUGAAGCUGCUGAUUUGUGUAGAGCUCAGGUACUUUCUGGAGUAGGAUUCGCUGGCAAGGCAUUAGGUGUUGCUACACUUAUUACAGUUCUAAAUCAAAACAACAUAAAACCACAAAUUUGCCAGGUGUUGCUUGUCAUUGCUCAUCCUGACGAUGAGACGAUGUUUUUUGCACCGGUGCUGCGAGCAUUAAGUGCUGCUAAUCAUCGUGUGUUUAUUCUAUGCGUGUCCAACGGGAAUUUUGAGGGGCUGGGCAAAGUCCGUAGUCGAGAACUACAGGAGGCUGUUCAAUUUCUUGGUGUUAAAUCGUCAGACGUUACUGUGCUCGACUAUGAUGCUUUUCCAGAUGGAGGACAGUGGGAUCGUCAAGCAUUGAGCAAUGUUCUGCUCAGGUACAUUGAGGUUUUGUCGGUCGACUGUGUGCUAUCUUUCGACGCUGUCGGAGUUUCUGGGCAUGGAAAUCAUUCAUCUUGCUUCGAGGCGUUACAAGAUGCUUAUACACGAGGUGUUAUUCCAGAAGAUGUGCAAAUUUUUGUGCUCGACUCCGUCCCACUUCUAAGAAAAUAUACUGGAAUAUUCGAUGCUCCGCUAUCGGUGGCUCGAUCACCGUUCCAGUAUUUUGCUAGAGGUCGCGAUGUGGCGGCAGCAUGGCGUGCUAUGAGACGGCACCGCUCACAAUUCGUGUGGUUCCGUUUCCUGUACAUGAUCUUUAGUAGGUACAUCUACAUCAAUACCUUCCGACGUAUUGCUCCAAUCAACAAGAUUCCAGUUGCAAAACGAAAAAGUAAAACAAAUUAA